AUGUCCAGAAACUCUAGAACAAAACUCAGUGGUGGAGAGGAAACAUCAACACAUAUUAAAGGUUGUGGGUGCUUGAUGUUCCAGUCUCACACUCCACUUGAGCUUUGGAAUGACUGUAUUAUCACUGCAGUAUUCAUCAUCAACAGACUUCCUACUCUUCAUCUUCAAGAUAAGUCUCCAUAUGAAGUACUAACGAAGAAGAAAGUUGAUUAUGAUGGCCUCAAGGUGUUUGGCUACAAAGGUUACAAGCUCUUGGAUUUGGAAUCUAAUAAGGUCCAUAUCUCUCGGAAUGCCACAUUUCAUGAAGAUAUCUUUCCGUUUGCAAAGACCACAACUGACACACAUGACGAUAUUUUCUCGUUUGUUCCAGAAACAAAGAAUAUCACAAAACAUACUUAUGCUUCUUCUCUAUCCCCGGAAGUUAUUCAUGAUUCACUAAUAGAGAAUGUUGAACAGUUAGUAUCAGAGGGAUCUUCUAAUUCUGAUAAAGUUGAGGGAAAACGUGUUGCUGAAGCAGACUCUUCUAGUACUGAUAAAGUUGAAGGCAAACAUGUUGCUGAAGGCAAGAGGAUCUCUAAGCUUCCACCACAUCUUCAGGACUACUAUUGCAAUAUAGCUAAAAGUGAUAUUGAGAUUAUGUAUCAACUCUUUUUUACUCAAGCCAAACGCUUUGAAGAGUGGUUGAAAGCUAUGAAUGAGGAACUUAUAGCAUUGAAAAGCACAUACACUUGGACGGUUUGUUCUCUACCCCCAGGAAAGCAUGCCAUUAGAUGCAAAUGGGUCUACAAAAUCAAGAUCAAUCCUGAUGGAACAAAGAGAGAUGAAGAGAUCUACAUGACAUUACCUCCAGGUUAUACACCAAAGAAGGGGGAACAUUUGCCACCUAAUGCACUUCGUGACCUUGGUGCUUUGAAGUAUUUUCUUGAUCUUGAAGUCGCACGCUCUGACAGAGGCAUCUUUGUUUGUCAACGCAAAUACACAUUGGGAUUAUUGGAAGACACAUGGCUCUUGGCAUCUAAACCUUCUCUUGUUCCAAUGGAUCUGAAUGCUACACUCUCUAUGGAUUCCAAAAUACUUUUCCUUGAAAACCCUGCUGCUUAUAGAAGGUUGGUUGGACGCUUGAUGUAUUUGACAAUCACAAGACCGGGCAUCACUUUUGCUGUGAACAAACUUUGUCAAUUCACAUCGGCUCCAAAGAAGUCUCAUCAUCAAGUGGCUCUAAAAGCUUUUUCAGAUGUAGAUUGGGCUUCUUGCUUAGACUCUCGUCGCCUCACCUCUGGAUACUACAUGUUUCUUGGUAACGCCUUGAUAUUUUGGAAGGCUAAGAAACAGCAGAUUGUAUCUCAUUCUUCUGCAGAGUACGGAGCGAUGGAGUAUGGUUCACGCGAAGUCAUUUGGUUGCGUAAAUUGUUGGCAGAACUUCAAUCCCUCAACAUGGUUCGUUGGCGUUCUAUUGUGAUUCAACGGCUGCUAUACACAUUGCUAGCAAUCCGGUUUUUCACGAGCGCACGAAGCAUAUUGAACUCAACUGUCAUCAAGUUAGAGAACGUGUUAUCCGAAGCAUCAUCAAGCUUCUUCAUGUUCGCAUCAACAAUCAAGUGGCUAACAUUUUCACUAAAGCUUUCUUCUCUCCUCAGUUCUACUCAUUGGUGGGCAAGAUGGCUUUAA